AUGAUUCGUCCUUCGCAGGUAAACAACACUGCACUCUCACCGGCUUCUCUGCAUAAUACCGUUUACACACAACAAAGUCAGCACGUGCAUUUCGGCUCGGGCGGAAGUGGAGGUAGUGAAGGAGAAAGUGCUGCGCACACGCCAUGCUCGUAUGUCAGCUCGGGUAGCAGCACUCACGGUGGUAUUCCUCCUGGACAAGUAACUAUCCAUACAACUGUGGUAGAUGGUGUCAACCGAAGGGGUAACCGAAACGGCCCUUCAUCGCGACAACUCUCCGGUUUAUUGACUCAACACGUCGCUUGUGAUUUGGAUGAAUCUGUUAUGACACAAGAUACUGGACGUGACACCAAUUCCAAGGGUCGGAGUGAAAGCUCAUGCCGGACUGCGGCUUCAAGUAGAAUCGAAGAUCUUUCUCCCGACUUGUCGUCAAAGUUCGCUGAACUCGAUCGGAUGUUUCCCAGAAUCUCGGAAGCUAGUCAGGUGAAACUGUAUCGCAUGGAAUUCGAGCGAACAUAUCCCGGAUACUCACGACUAUACCAUUCAUUUUCUGAAAUUUGGGGUACACUUCACGUUCACCAUUCCGAAUUGCUUGAAGCUACACAGCACAAGAAUGUGGAUCAUUUGGUAACAACCAGACUGGCUGACCAACUAAACGCCUUAUUGGACCAGGUCCGUACUCAGCAGUUUUGUGAAAAGCAAACAGAACUCACACUUAUGGCCCAUAAGUUGCGCCUACUAAAACGCCGUCUCGGUGAAUUCCGUGAGAGCCAGAAACGCGCCAAAACAUCAGCGUCUGAGUUUGCGAAAACCGCUUCACUCGAGGACGAUACCACUCUGCGAUUCGAGGGCUCUUCUAGAGAACUUCGCGAUUUUUCACGCCUCGAUGCAAACGAAACUUCAGAAUCAUCUGCACCCAAAAAUGACCUCACAGUCAACUGUGAAAGAACCAGACGCAAUAGCCACUCUUUAGUGUAA